UCUCCACUUUGAUCCCUUUAGGGUUUAAGACGUUAAACCCAGAAACCAAACAUCCGAGCUCAAAAAUGGCGAACUCAAUGGCUACGCUUUCCAGAAGACUCUACCGAUCUCUCCUAUCCAACCCCAACCCCAGAUUCUCCCAAUCUCCCAGAUCCUUCUGCACCAACAUCGACGAGUCAUCAUCCUCCUCCUCCAUCUCAGACACCGAAUCGCCCCACGAACCCAACGCUUCUCCAGAUCCGAGCCAUCGAUUCUCCAGAGGAGAAGAUCGCGUGAUGGAGGAGCGUCCUCUCGAGAACGGCCUCGACGCCGGCAUUUUCAAGGCGAUUUUGGUGGGGCAAGUGGGGCAGCUUCCUCUUCAGAAGAAGCUCAAGAGUGGGAGAACGGUUACUCUCUUCUCUGUCGGAACAGGUGGGAUCAGGAAUAACCGUAGACCAUUGGUUAAUGAGGAUCCCAGAGAGUAUGCGAAUCGUUCCGCUGUGCAGUGGCACCGUGUCUCUGUUUACCCUGAACGCUUGGCUGAUCUUGUCUUAAAGAACGUUGAACCCGGCACAAUUGUUUAUUUGGAGGGUAAUCUGGAGACGAAGAUUUUCACGGAUCCUGUCACUGGUUUGGUUCGACGUAUUAGAGAGGUCGCUAUUCGUAGAAACGGCCGAGUUGUGUUUUUAGGAAAAGCUGGUGAUAUGCAGCAGCCAAGUUCUUCUGAGCUUAGAGGCGUUGGCUAUUAUUGAUUCUUAACAAACAAAUUGUCUGAGUUGUUGUAGCUUUCUUCUUUUCUUGUAAUUUGAAGUUUUGCUCAUUGUUCUUCAAUUGUCACUUGCGCUUUUUUUUUU